UUUCACCAGUGGAAAGCCCAACACAGCUCCACCCGAGCUCACCAAGGCCCUGGAAUGGGAAGAGAAGUACAGUCUGGGACAGUGGCAGCGGGGAAAGCCUUUCCCACCCAUGUGCUAGUGGGCUUUGGGAUUCAGACAUUGACACCAACAGUCGUGACUGCAGCUCCCAGUUUUGCUUGUUUUGAUGAGCUGAUUAUGUUGAUAGCCUCAGACACUGAGCACGAGUAGAUGCAGGUGUUUGUCCUUUCUGUGAAAGCAGCACUGAGUGUCAGGGUCCCUGAAAGCAUCCCUGAAACCUGGCAAUAUGGGGGGGCUCUACCCUCAGCCUGACACCCCCAUGGGUUUUGGGAAAGUAAGAGUUACAGCUGCUGAGCCCAUGGCAGCCAUCCUCUGAAACAGGUGUGUCUGCUGAGCUGGGGAUCAACCCCGCUGAACAACAACAAAUAGGGUGUUGAUGCUAAAAAUCACAGAAUCACAGAUGCCCACGUUUCAAGGAUAAGAAAAGACACUGAGGUUUGCAGUGCCUGUAACCAGGACAUCAAUGACCUCUGGAGGUGUGAUGGCUGCUGGAUCCUAAAUAUCUGGGUGAGUAGAAGGCGACAUCCAUUUCUGUGGCUGGAUCUUGCCAGCUGCCUUCUGCCUAAAGCAUGUGAUUUCCUGGAAACUGAGAGAAAGCAACCCCCACUCUGCAGUACUGACACCACUUCCUGGCAGCGAAGUGAGAGGCACAACCUCUUCUCCCCCAGCUGGGGGUAGAGAGAGGAGCAGCUUUGUCACAGCCCAAACACCAUGGCUGUGCUUUCUGCUCCAGAUUUCCCAGCGCCAUCUGGCUCACCCAGCUUGCUUGAUGUCAGAGGAAAUUAAAGAUGCACAAAAAGUUCCCAGUAACUAUAAGUUAGCCUUGAGACCAUGACAGUGGGGUGCUGGAGCAAUGGAACCAUGAAGAGACCCUAGGAACAGAAUGCUAUAAAUCCUUAUGUCCUUGACAAGUGAUGGUUCAAACAGAUUCAAGCAGAAACUGCAACAGAGGUUUAACAAAAUUAAACAAUAACUUAGCAACAGGUGAUAGGAUGUAAAGAAAACCUCAAGUUACCUUAGAUAAUUAUAAUGUUAAAGAACACAUCCCCAGGGGAAUUUGUAUGUGGAAAUGAUAGGAUAAUGAACUGGACUGAGAUCAGCACAUGCACAUCAACAAUUUUGUUACACAAGCAUGAGUGACCAAUCUCCUGUUUCUGUAUGAUUCAUUUUUGGUUACCUUUUUGUAAAAAGGACUCUGUUUGUUUUCCAAAAGGUUGGAAAAGGCCUGGCCUGGCCUGGCACCCUAUUCUUCAGAUUUGUAAUCAUGUCUUGACUCAAUGUGUUGAUUUGCUCUUGCACACAAGGAUUCCUUUCUCUAGGGAUAACAUCCAGAGGAGCUUCACCCCCGUUAGAAAAUAUGUCUCUUCAUGCAAUAGAAAUUAUACUUGAGAAGAUUCACUUCCUUUGGCCUACUAAACAAAACAAACCACAGGAGAGGAAAAAGAAAUAAACCAAGCACUCAUCCUCUUGCUCUCAUGUGCAAGAGGAGGGGAGGUAUCAGCUAUGACUUCAUGAUUAAACAGCACAUUUUUCAUAGCUUUUCCAUUUCCAGACCAAAAUAAAUGGUUUUCUGGAGGUUUUUUUUUUUUUUUUCCAAUUGCUAGAGAUUGCUGAGAUGUAGCAUAAAUGUAUAUAGCCCUGUUAGAGAUGUCAAAACUUUAUGAGGGAUUAUAGUGUUCAUCCUACAAGGACUUGGCAAAUCAUGCAAGGGGGAAAUAGAAGGUAAUUUUCCAAAACAGUAAAAGUAACACCAGAGGAUGGAAGAACAGAAAAGCAUGUCACAGAGAGAGCAUGGUGACGUGCUUGAGGGAAGAUGUCAUUGAUUUGUCUGGUCAGGGAUUGUCCUGUGCUGCUGACACCUGGCUUGGUCACAGACAAAACUGUCACACUGGGCCCCAGAACUGGGCCCACCAAAUAGGAUUAGUGUCCUUCCAUGGAAAUGUGUUUAACAAAGGGCAGGGAACACUGAAAAGGGAGAGACAAGUUCAGGGCAGGUACAGUAUCCAACAGGAUGAUGACCAGUGGAAGACACCAUGCUGGAACAGUUGAGUAGGACACAAGGAACAGCAAGAGCAAGGGACUCCCACACACCAGCCCCAGCUCCUGCACCACCCAUGGUCUCACCAAAAGGUCUGGCUGUAACCUGCAGCAUGGGGUGGGCAAACAGGAUGGGGGGAAGUGAGGCAUCCAAGUGUUGGUUGGCUGGUUUGUUACUUGGCAAUAAAGUAAUUGGAUUGAAGUUUCUCAACUCAAAAUAGGUAUAUUUUGGCCCAUGACAGGAUGUCUGACUAUAUAUCAAGGGAUGGAGUGUGUUCAUACUGCAGUGUCCUGGAGGAGAAUGGGGGAGAGCAGAGGAGACGUCUGCCAGGGAAUCACAGAAUGUUUUGGAUUGGAGGGACUUUAAAGAUCAUCUAGUUCCAACCCCUCUGCCAUGGGCAGGGACACCUUCCACUAGACCAAGUAGCUCAAAGCCCCACCUAGCCUGGCCUUGAACUCUUCCAGGGACGGGGCACCCACAACUGCUUUGCAGCUUUCUCCCAGACUGCUCUUUGUUUGCUGUGGUAAAAAGGGAGAGGAGACAGAUUUCAGUGAGGUCAUUUGAGGCCUCCCUCAGCAGCAGUGGGACACAACUUCAACAAGACCAGUCAGCCUCUGUGAGUUUUCAUCCAUCACUUUUGUUCUGCCCUGGGGUAUCAGGCUGGUUUUUCUUGACAUGCUGCAUAUUUUCCCCUCACACCUGUUCCUUCUGUCCUCUAAACCAUCCCAGACAAUAUGAGGUUUUGUCUGCCCUCAGCAUCCAGCAGCAGUUUCCCAAGCCCCUUAGCCCCUUAUUUUGCGUGUGUGCCCUGGACUUAACCAGAACAUUCCUGCCAGAGGUUAAGCCCAGGCAUUGCAUGGAUAAUCCGUGAAAACUUUUUGCCUCCAGUUCCAAGUGACUGUGACUGUAGCAAGUCCAGAGAUGCUGUCUGCAGCUCCGCUCUGGCCCUUCUUCCACCCCUUAUCUCUCUCCCAGGCAGUCAGAGCCCCGAGACAGGACAGAGAUCCCAGCUGCAAGCCAAGAGGGUUAGGAAAGUGAAAUGCCUCUGCUCCUGGCCUGGCUGUGCUGCAUCCUUUACCUCCAGCGCUAAAAUGAGGUGGCUUUGCAGGGCACUAUGGCCAUGGAUGCUGUGCCACGCUGCCAUCACCAUCCCUGCAAUGCUGGCAUUUUGGGCUGGUGAAGCCUCCCACCCUCAUGGGACCAAGGCUGGGAGCAGCUGUGGGGUGAGCCCCUAUAAGAUCCGAGAGCUGUGGGGAAAGCAGAGACCGUGGCAUGAAGGCAGGACUGGAGAGAGUUGCUGGACUAGAAACAGGAUCUUUGACGGAAAGACCAAAGAGUGCCAGGGAGAGGGGAUGGCAGGGCACCACAGUGCCCUCAGCACAGCAGCACUCUUGGGAGAAAACCAGGAAAAUUAGUGCUCAGUCAAGGAUCACCUUCAGGAAAAGGAGCCAAGCACUGGCUUUGGCAGGGGUGAGAGGGGAAGAGAAUUAAUCUUUUUUUUUCCACACUGAAAACUGCCUUUUUUCCCUUCUCUCCUCAGACAGUGAGACCUUUGCUUUGGCACCUGACCUAUGACUACAGGGCUAGUCCUCCUCCUCAUGUGGUUGGUUUCUUUCCUGAUUAAAAGUGAUUAGGUAGCUCUAAAACCUGCAGAAAUGUUACUGAGGGUAACAGAGACAAAGAGACCCUUCAAGAUCUCUUAAAUCCCCAGGGUAGUAUUUAGAGAGCCCCGAGGAGAGAACUGGAGCAGAAGGACCCUGCAGGACCUCCCUGUCCUUCUCCCUCCUGCUGCACCCUCUGUUGCCAACAUUUCCUCCACCAUGUCACUUUCUGAAGCAGAGGUGCAAAGUGCUCGUGGUGCCUGGGAGAAGAUGUAUGUGGAUGCUGAGGACAAUGGGACAGCUGUGCUGGUCAGGAUGUUUACUGAGCACCCAGACACCAAGUCCUACUUCACACAUUUCAAAGGCAUGGACUCUGCCGAAGAGAUGAAACAGUCAGAUCAAGUCAGGGGCCAUGGCAAGAAGGUUUUCAGUGCCAUCAACGACAUGGUGCAACACCUGGACAACUCUGAGGCUUUUCUUGGGAUAGUGACCCCACUUGGCAAGAAACAUGCCACGCAGCUGAAGAUUGACCCCAAAAACUUUAGGAUUAUCUGUGACAUUAUCUUACAAUUGAUGGAGGAGAAAUUUGGCGGAGACUGCAAAGCUUCCUUUGAAAAGGUGACCAAUGAAAUCUGUACCCACCUGAACAAUAUCUACAAAGAGGAGGGUUGGUGAGGAUGUGCACCUCCAGGCUCUUCAAACAACUUGCCAGCACUGAUUUGCUGCUUUUGGGCCCCCAGCCACAGCUGGAAAAAUUAAAAUUUAAAAAUAAAAAAAAGCAAGAAAAAUGGCUUAUACAAUAUAGAAUAUCAAUGUCAAUAAUUUCCUUAGCAAACUGAGUUUCCACAGCUAAACAAAACCCGCAGAUACAUCAAAGUCAACCAACAAAUCUUGAUAUCCUUUGCAGUUUGUUUCAGGUGGGUUCCUCUGGCCACGGUCCUUGAAGACUGCAUUUUAAGAUGGUGACUUUAAGCUUUCUAUUCCUAAAAGAAAGACUUGCUCCUGCCAGCAGCACCAGCAGCUCUUUGGCUCACCUACCACCUCUCUAUCCUCAUGAAUGACAGGAAGGACACCAUUCUGAAGCAUCUCCAGAAUCUUGGUAGAGGUCAUUAUUUAAGAGGUCUGAGUUUUGUUUUGUAUUUGAACUUAAACAAGGGGGAAGUGGUGUACGGGAAUGACCAGCAUCUGGGUGAGACAUGAGGAAAGUCCCAUCUUACAUGAGCCAGGAGAUUCACCCAGCCUUGGUUUCUCAGAGCAGCUUUCAGCACAAGGGAUGACAACACUGAGUGUGGUCACCACUGGAUCCCUCUGGGCAGGGAUGAAUGUCUCCAGGUGUGGAUUUCACCAUGUUACUCCCAGGAAAUUACUUGGGCUGAGUUCCCACACGAAGCAAGAGUAGAGCUCACUGACUCUUGUGCACUCAGAAUGCACCCAGCUGAUGGAGACUGCUGCCUUGCUGUGUGGGCAGCACAGGAGCCUCAGCCUGGCACAGGACUCGUUCUGUCCAGUCACACAGCCUGAGCCUCCCUUCAGUGCUAACUGGGUCCUGAACCAUUCAAUUGCUUUUCUUUGUACUCCUUAGACUUGGUGAAAUAAUCAGCUAAUAACUGCAAAUAACCAUAUGCUGGUUUGCUUCAGGGUAAUGCAAUAAACACAGAGAAAGCA